AAAACUCCCGCGCUGUUUCUCAUUAUGGUUUCUAAGUGAAGAUGACGUUUCACGAAAAUCUUUUUCACGAAAAUCACAUUUUCGUGGGCCAGCAAUAGAUUGCACAGAAAUGUAUAAACUGCACUACAGUACUAGUAUCCGAAUAUCAGAGGCAAAGUGGCGAUAAAAGGUACCACCCACAGUCUUGCCCUACUGCAACAUGAUUUCAGUUUACCUGUAUGUUUGUUUAAUUGCUAAAUUGACGUCUGUAGUCUGGAGUACAGAAUAUGGUAAUUUUCAAAUUUCGUAAAGGAUGGGUGAACAAUAAGCCUUCAGUAAUAGGGGUUUGCAUUUAUAGAUAUUUCUUUUUUUUUUCUCGUGUGGUGUUGUGUGGUAAUGAAUAUUUAUUUCCCUACGUUUCCCAAACUCCAUUGCGGAGCCGUAGCUCGCCAUAUUGAGAUUUAAGAAGAGAGCGUUUGGAAGUGCCGUGUAUUCAAAACACUGAAAUUUUUGAAAGAAUGACUCAGACAGUGCAGACCAAUGGCGUUCAGCCUCUCAGUAAGACCUGGGAACUCAGCCUGUAUGAACUGCAGAGGACUCCGCAGGAAGCGAUCACAGACGGGCUUGAGAUCGCGGUCUCUCCAAGGAGUCUGCACAGUGAGCUGAUGUGCCCCAUCUGCUUGGACAUGCUGAAGAACACCAUGACGACAAAGGAGUGCCUACAUCGCUUCUGUGCCGACUGCAUCAUCACAGCACUCCGCAGUGGGAACAAAGAAUGUCCAACUUGCCGUAAGAAACUGGUGUCCAAGCGAUCGCUUCGGCCAGACCCGAACUUUGACGCCUUGAUCAGCAAGAUCUACCCCAGCAGGGAUGAAUACGAGGCCCACCAGGAGCGAGUUCUGGCCCGCAUCAGCAAACACAACAACCAGCAGGCUCUGAGCCACAGCAUUGAGGAGGGCUUGAAGAUCCAGGCCCUUAACCGGCUUCAAAGGGGGAAGAAGCACCAGAUUGAGAAUGGCAGCGGUGCAGAGGACAAUGGCGACAGCUCCCAUUGCAGCAAUGCCUCUGUGCACAGUAACCAAGAGGCAGGGCCCAGCAUCAAACGCACCAAGACGUCUGACGACUCUGGCCUCGACAUGGACAACGCCAACGAGAACGGGGCAGGGGACAUGGCCCUGGAUGGGGCCAGCGAGAUUGAACUGGUGUUUCGGCCUCACCCCAUGUUGAUGGAGAAAGACGAUGCUGCACAGACAAGGUACAUUAAGACUUCAGGAAAUGCCACAGUUGACCACCUUUCUAAAUACCUGGCUGUAAGAUUAGCCCUAGAAGAACUUCGGAAGAAUGGUGAUGCCAAUCCCAUCAAUGUGGAAGCUGCCAGUGAGAAGCAGUAUACCAUCUACAUCCCCACGGCCAACAGCCAAUUCACAGUUCUGAAUGGGUCCUUCUCCUUAGAGCUGGUGAGUGAGAAAUACUGGAAGGUUAACAAACCAAUGGAGCUCUACUUUGCACCUACCAAGGAGCACAAAUAAACGAGGGACUUGUGCAACGGACUGAAUCUUCUUCCUCUGUCAUUUCUCUAUUGGAUUAACUAGUUUCAGAAGCAGAUGUUUCUGAAUCACUUUUUUGCUGCUUUUUUGUUUUUUACAGUCUUUUUUUAUGGAUGUAGGGAGGGGGGGGGGUGCUAAUGAGUAAUUUGUAAUCCCCAUAAAUAUUUUUCUGUUCAAACCAUACACUCUUUUCUGUAUGAAAGAAGGAAAAAGGCUCCUUAAGAACUUGAACAUGGUUACAAACAGGUCACAAAGGAGGGUAUGUGGCUUCUCUUUCCCAUUUAGUAGUAGAAAAUUGAUCCAAGAAUGUUGUCAAGCCAUUUCUUGAAAUAAGCUAGGGCAUUGGCUUCAACAACUUGGCUGGCUUGCUAGUUCAGUACUCCCACAACCCUUUGCGUAAAGGGUUCUUUAGUUUUAAAUGCACUUCCACAUUAAUAGUAAUAGAGCUCCACAAGUGAGUACAAACUGGUACCCAAUGUGAGUGCACACCAACAAAAUAAUCAGUUUGUAAAGAAUUUGCAGAUAAUAUUAAGUGUCUUUUAUAACUGAAAAUAUGCUUACAUGCAUGUAUUAAUUUCUAAACAUGAAUUUGUAAAGAGGCCUUUCAUGUUAACAUUACAGAUAAGUAUGAAGGGCUUAUUAAUAAAAUGGAAAACAGAAAGGAUCAAUACGCAUUGUUAAUAAAAACACGCGGACGAACAAUGUUUUACUUUCUUACGGAUCGGACAGUCCUUAGAAACCUUUUUUCACCUGUGUGCUUUUCUUGAGUUGCCAGUACUCAAAGGUUUGCCAGACUGACCUUCACUUGGAUUUUUAAGGGCUUGUGGUUAAAUUGUUGUUAACCUCCUCCCAGAAACUGACCUGCUCCCCAGCUGCAGUAUUUACAAAUGUCAAAGAAAAUUAAGUAUAGUUUGUCAAAAUGCCCGGGUUCAGAAGACAAAGCAAUAUUGCUGAUAUUAAAUGUGAGAUCCUUAAACAAAACAAAUUUAGAGAUGGUUGUUCUUUUUCUAAAUUAAUUUUUUAACCUGGUUUCAGCUUUAAUGGAGGGGAAUGAAACCGGCUUCCUUAAGAUCAUGCAAAGUAAAAGCCUACUGAAGACCUGAAUAUCUUUGAAGCAUGUUAUUAUUUUGGGGGGGGUUGAAGGCAUCUUUUACAUGAAACAUAGUUACCAGGUUUUAAAUUUGAUGUUGUUUGAAAAGGUUGAACUGCAUUAUCUGUUUGAAAAAAUUAAAAAAAGAUAUAUAUAUACUGUAUGAAUGAA